GCACGCAUGCGUGGGCGUGAGGCUUGCUGGGAAGGACAUCGUUGAUGAAACCGGUCUCUGAAAUAUUUUCAUUUUUCGUCGCAAAAUUGAUUGAAUUUCUUUCAUUAUUUCGCCCAGGAAAUUGCACUUGAGCUAUGAAUACGAUGUGUACGUCAAGGACGUGAUGAGACUGCUUGUGGCAUUCUCCGAAGUGUAAAGGAAUUUAUUGUAUGCUUGGUUCUAUAAAAAUGGUGCUGACACCGCGACAAAAGGAGGAAUUGCACAAGGCAAUUGCAGACUAUCUUCAAUCCUCUGGAUACUCAACAACUUUAGAAGCUUUUAAAAAUGAUGCAAAUUUGCCAGAGGAAAUAGACAAAAAAUAUUCUGGAUUACUUGAAAAAAAAUGGAUCUCGGUUAUUCGACUACAGAAAAAGGUGAUGGAAUUAGAGACGAAAUUGGCUGAAGCUGAAAAGGAAGUCCAUUUUGGAGGUGGAAAUAAAAAGAGUCGAUCUGCGGCUGACUGGAUUCCGAAACCUCCUGAGAGAUAUACGCUGACUGGUCAUAGAAGUCCAGUAACCAAAGUACUUUUUCACCCAGCGUUUAGUGUAAUGGUAUCUUCAUCAGAGGACGCCACAAUAAAAGUCUGGGAUUAUGAAGCUGGUGACUUUGAGAGAACUCUAAAAGGGCACACGGAUGCUGUCCAAGAUCUAGCUUUUGACCACACAGGGAAAUUCCUUGCGUCGUGUUCAGCUGACUUAACUAUUAGGCUAUGGGAUUUUCAAGGUUUUGAGUGUAUCAAAACACUGCAUGGUCACGAUCAUAAUGUAUCGUCAGUUUGUUUCAUGCCCUCCGGGGAUUUUUUGAUAUCGUCGUCUAGGGAUAAAACUAUAAAAAUAUGGGAAGUUGCCACCGGGUACUGUGUUAAAACCUUACAAGGUCAUCGAGAAUGGGUGCGAAGAGUUAGGGUGAAUACGGAUGGUUCUUUAUUAGCAAGUUGUUCGAAUGACCAGACGGUACGCGUGUGGUUAUUCGCUAGUAAGGAAUGUAAAUGCGAAUUGCGUGAGCACGAUCACGUGGUUGAAGAUAUCGCGUGGGCGCCCGAUUCCGCUACCACGCAUGUCAACGAAGCCUCUGUGGCUGAGACUGGUAAAAAAGGUGCAAGUCCUGGUCCAUUUCUGGCGACGGCAUCUCGAGAUAAAACAAUUAAAUUAUGGGAUAUUAGUGCUGGUGUUUGUUUACUAACAUUGACGGGUCAUGACAACUGGGUUCGUGGUGUUAUGUUCCAUCCUGGUGGGAAAUAUAUUGUUAGUUGUUCUGAUGACAAGACGUUAAGAAUGUGGGAUUUUAAGAAUAGGCGAUGCGCCAAAACUUUAGUCGCUCACGAACACUUCGCAACUUGCUUAGAUUUCCACAAAACUGCUCCGUUCGUUGUCACCGGCAGCGUCGACCAGUCCAUACGAAUUUGGGAGUGUCGUUAACAUGCGGCUGUCGUGUCUGCUAGAACCAGGUUAUUCGGUGCCUUGGCAUCGAGGCGAUAUUUACAAUGCCUGCUGCGAUACGCGCAUUUCACAUUGAGAGCGAUUGUAGGAUAACGAGUGAGUGAGAGAGAGUAUAAUGAAAGAAUGAAACAGCAAUAUACGAACUAUCCCCCAUCCCCCGUGCCCAGCAAAAGAGAAAGACAAAAUUAAAUUAUCAAACAGCUCUAAAUUUGCACAAAUUCAAGGUACUGCGCGCGCCACACGCCGGAAUUUUUGUCUAACCUGGUUGCAAUCCUAGACAAACCGCAUACUUUGCUGUCUGUGAUUUUUUGUAGUUUUAAACGCUGGAGGAAUAAACCGAUUUGGCUUGGCAGUUCUUUGUCAUAAAUUCGAAAGCUCGGUGACUGCAUGCUGUCAUUCAUGUUAGAGAAAACUUCAGAAUACAGCAAAAUAACUAAGUAUGAGAAUAAGUGCUCUAUAGGUGAUCCUGAAGAAAUCAAAAAAGAACUAGCUAGCAUCGUUGGGGAUUACUUUUGCUGGCACUGAGCACUUAAGUUUUUGUAAAAAUGCUCGCUCAAAAAUGCUGUGUCUGCUAUCCAUUUUAGUUUGCGAAAACGUUAGAAUAAAGCAAACUAACAAAGUUUAAGAGUGGUAACUCCUAUCAGGGCCUAAUUCAAACAAGAACUGGCAUUCUUUCGCUGGAAACACCCAACUUUUUGGAGCAAAUUGCUUCAUCAUUUGCAUUGCGAGUUGUCUAGCACUGCGUUGCGUUUACACCAAAAGCCCGCGAUUCACUGCAUGGGCCUAUAUUUUUAUUAUUUUAUUAGGGCUGUGGUGUAAACGCUGCAACAGUAAGGCGCAAUUCUCUUUCGGAGUAAAACUCCACAAUUUGAGCACGCAGUAUCUUGAAGAAGCAAAUUAGCAUUAUAUAUUGUAUAUCACAUGAAGUACUAGAAAAAUCUAAAAACAUGGUGCUUGGAUUAAUUAGGAUCAACAUUAAAUAUAGGCGCUGCUGAAGAGUUUUUUUCAGCAUAUAAUAAAUAAAGUGUAACUGUAGAUUUUCAUAAAUCCCUUGUCU